UGUCUGUGACAGAGUGAAGACAGAGCGGUCCAUGUGGGCCCAGAGGAGGGGAGUUUAGCCAGCCCACCCGCACUCUGCAGAGUUGAUAGACCCAACAGACAACACAACCACACUAUUUCUGACUCGUGUGAGAUGGCACCCCCCACACCCCCGGAGGAAGUUGACCCCUCCCCUCGCAGGAAACGUGGCAGGCGGAAAAUGGAGCCUCUGGAGCCGAAGGACCCCAACAUGGAGGCUGAGACGCGGGCCCACCAAGAGGAUGUGAUGAGCGUGACGGAGAACCUAUCAGAGCCAGAGUUUCAGAAGGAGGAGGAGCCAGCAGCCAGUUUAGCCACUCCCACACCCCAGCAACACACUGACCCCGCCUCUCCCACCAUCGCCAUGACGCCAGAGCCUGUUGCCAGGGGCCACCGGGCCACACCCAGAGAUUCAGAGUACAAGGAUGGUAGAGGGUUUGGUUUGGGCUGUCUGGUGUUCGGGAAGCUGCGUGGGUUCUCCUGGUGGCCUGGGCGCAUCGUCUCCUGGGUGAUGAGUGGGAGGAGCCGUGCAGCAGAGGGAACACGCUGGGUCAUGUGGUUCGGAGACGGGAAGUUCUCUGUGGUGUGUGUAGAGAAGUUGAUGCCGCUGAGCUCCUUCUCCUCAGCCUUCCACCAGCCCACCUACAACAAACAGCCCAUGUACAGGAGGGCCAUAUAUGAGGCACUACAGGUGGCGAGCAAGCGUGCCGGCAGGCCUCUCCCCUCUUGUGAUGGUGGUGAUGAUGCAGAGGGUGGGGGGGCGGAGCUACAGAAGCAGAACAGGAAGUUGAUAGAAUGGGCCAUGACAGGCUUCCUGCCCAGCGGACCUCCGAGUCUGGACCCCCCUGAUGAGGAGAGACACCCAUAUAAGGACGUGUAUCCUGAGAUGUGGGUGGAGCCAGAGGAAGCUUACACCCCGCCCCCUCCGACCAAGAGGCCCCGCAAGAACGUUGCUGAGAAACCCAAGAUCAGAGAGGUCAUCGAUGAGGGGACUAGAGAGAGACUCAUCCAAGAGAUCAGACAGAAGACCAGGAACAUGGAAGAUAUCUGUAUCUCCUGUGGAAGCCUCAACGUCUCUCUGGAACACCCUCUCUUCAUCGGAGCCAUGUGUCAGAGCUGCAAGAACUGUUUCUUGGAGUGUGCGUACCAAUACGAUGAUGAUGGAUACCAGUCGUACUGCACUAUCUGCUGUGGAGGACGGGAGGUCUUGAUGUGUGGAAACAACAACUGCUGCAGGUGUUUCUGUGUGGAGUGUGUGGAUCUUUUGGUGGGUUUGGGUUCGGCGUCAGCUGCGAUCAGAGAGGACCCCUGGAACUGCUACAUGUGUGAAACACACAACACACACGGGUUACUACGACGACGCGACGACUGGCCGUCACGACUACAGGUGUUCUUCGCUAACAACCAUGAACAGGAAUUUGAGGCAGCCAGGUUGUACCCUCCUGUAGCAGCUGAGAGGAGACAGCCAAUCAGAGUCCUCUCUCUGUUCGACGGUAUCGCCACAGGUCUGUUGGUGCUCAGGGACCUAGGUAUUCAGGUGGACAGGUACGUGGCUUCAGAGGUGUGUGAGGAUUCUAUCACCGUGGGGAUCGUACGUCACCAUGGUUCCAUCAUGUAUGUUGGAGAUGUACGCAACGUCACGCGCAAACACAUCCAGGACUGGGGUCCGUUUGACCUGGUGAUUGGAGGAAGUCCCUGUAAUGAUCUGUCCAUCGUCAACCCCGCCAGGAAGGGACUCUUCGAGGGUACUGGACGACUGUUCUUUGAGUUUUACCGGCUGCUCCACGAGGCCCGUCCCAAACCAGACGACCACCGACCAUUCUUCUGGCUCUUUGAGAACGUUGUUGCCAUGGGGAUCAGCGACAAGAGAGACAUCUCACGAUUCCUCGAGUGUAACCCAGUGAUGAUCGAUGCCAAAGAAGUGUCUGCUGCUCACCGCGCCAGAUACUUUUGGGGAAACCUGCCGGGCAUGGGGCGUCCUCUCACAGCCAUGGUGAAUGAUAGAUUGGAACUACAAGACUGUCUGGAGCACGGACGCACAGCCAAGUUUGGGAAGGUGCGUACGAUAACAACGCGUUCUAACUCAGUGAAGCAGGGGAAGGAUCAACACUUCCCUGUUUACAUGGACAACAAGGAGGACAUACUCUGGUGUACUGAGAUGGAGAGGGUUUUUGGGUUCCCGGUCCACUACACAGAUGUGUCCAACAUGAGUCGUCUCUCCAGACAGCGUCUGUUGGGGCGGUCCUGGAGCGUUCCAGUCAUACGACACCUCUUCGCCCCACUCAAAGAGUACUUCGCCUGCAACUAAUACACACACACACACACACACACACACACACACACACACACACACACACACACACACACACACACACACACACACACACACACACACACACACACCAACUGAAAAAGAAAAGAGUUCUCAGCCUGGAGCCCAGCCCAUGACCCACAGGCCGAUGCCCAACCAGAAAGGUUCCAGCCCCGCCCCGGUGUUAACCAAUCACAAGCCAGGAUACGCCCCAACCCUGGUGCUAACCAAUCACAAACUAAACCUGUUAUCCAGCCACAAAACAAUACUCCGACAACAUGGACUGUCUCUCUUCCUGUCUCUCUUCCAGUCUCUCUGUCACUCACACCUCAGAUUCCAUGGUGCUAGUUGACAAAGGUGCUUCAACACUCAGUGGUGCUUAAUCUCCUCUACAUCUCCCUCCUGUUAAUCAAAUAUAUGGUGCUACACACACACACACAGGUCACUACCAGGUCUUUGUUCAGUAGUUUCAUUAGUUUGCAGUGUUUCUUUCUCUUCAGGUAGCAGCUUGUUUUCUACUGUCUCUAAGUGCAGCGUAGCAGAGGGGUUAGAGGUCAGGGGUUAGAGGUCAGGGGUUAGUGUUCUACAGUUAAGCCUUGUGGAGGUAGUUCAGCAUGACGAGUAACUUGCCUGAGACCUGAGGACUCAGGUUAGCGCCCAGAGAGAGCCUAGUCUUUAGUUCAGUGGGCUAACAUGGUCUCGUGGCGCACAGACAAUCCAGGUUUACACAGCAGUCAGUCACACUAGUGGGUUACACAGUUUGCUGCACACACACACACACGCACGCAUGCACAAACACACACACACACACACAUACACACAAACACAGUUGUGAUGAGCUGUUUCCAACCCUGUGCUCCGUCAUGCGCAAACACAGCUGUCUCCCAUGGUGCAGUGAGGCGUUAUGUCAUAAGGUGCUCGCUUACGGUAACAUGGUUACUAUGGGUUACCAUCAAUUACUAUCUGUCAGUAUAGUGAGUGGUCUGUUGUACUGUAGGGGGAGGGGCUUGGGGGCAGGGGGUGGGAUGUUUAUUUGUUGUUUGAUGUGAUUUACUGGUGGUUAUUUGAUUGACAGGUGAUAAGUCAACGAGGGUAUCACCCGUUGAGAGUUUUAACAGGGUGGAGUCCAAGCAGGCUGUCACACACAGACAUGCACGCUCCUCUCACGGGUGUAAUGAAAUGUGUUUUGAAGAGGAAGGACCGGUGAUGUUUCAAAAGGUGCUAAAAUAAAAUAAAAAUAGAAUAUAUCAGAUCUAUAGUUAGAAUAAGGUUGUCUUUCCAAUGGCUGUAUUUAGUUGUGGUAGAGAGUCAAAGGCAAUAUUAUGUACUCUUGUAUCUUGUAUGCAGAAUAACUAAAGCAGAAUAACUAAAGGUAUUUUAACUUUGUACUUGAACCUGUAAUGAAUAAAGGAUUCAUGUUUUAGCCUAGAGAUAAUGUCUGGCACACUGAUCGUGUAUUAUGGUACAUAUACCUUCCUCCUCCCCAGCAAACCGGGAACAUUCCCAGAACGUUAGCUCAGAUUCCCAUUAAGUUCUAGUUAGGGUUUUAUGUAACAUUAGAAUGAUAUCAUAUAUUUAUUUAUCAAAUGUGUUUUAAGAGAACAUUCCAAGGAUAUUUCAUGUAACAUUUUUAACAACCACAAUAGAACAUUCCCCAAAAGUUUGUAUGUUUGUAUAAAACAUUUGCAUGAUGUUGCUAGAACGUUCCUAUAAACAUAUGUAAUGUGUUCUUUAAAAGGUUCCCAGAAUGUUUCAUUAGGUUGUGGGAACAGUCUGGUGGGAACAUCACAAUAUAUAUGUUCCCGAAACUG